ACGGAGAGGGAGUGGGGGUACACGCAAGUCGGCGGAACAGAUGCCCUACCUCUGAUUGGCCGUUGGCCCGCGACCGGCCGUCCCCUAUUGGCGGGUAGCGCGGGGCCCGCAGGCCUGCAUUGGCCAGGCAGCACGUGCGGGCCACCUGCACCUGGUUGGUGGGGUGAUGGGUUAUAAAAGGCCCAGACGCACCCCCCUGCCAGUCAGAGACCGGCUUGCAGCCGAACUGUUUUUAGAAUCUGGAGUUCUCACGUUCCUUCAAACAUUGUACACUCGAGUUCACCCGCCAACCGUUUAUCUCUUUCCUUUUUUCUUUUUUUCCUUUUUUUUUUUUCCUUCCCCUCUCCCUCCACCUUUACUAUCCUCUUCCUUUUCUUUUAUAUUCCGCUCGUGACAUCGAAUCACGUUUAACCUCCGGUGCCGGUCGAACAGACAGUUCAGUUCACUCCCGACGAGCGAACGGUGAACAUCAAUUUCCCGCUCGAAGAAGAAACCAUCGUUCCGUGUGUUUGCUACGAGAAAGUGGAUAAUUGCCGAGGAAGGAGAAAGAAGAAAGGAGGACAGUUUUUCACGCAGUUUUAUUCGGGACUAAAUGUGACAGUGCAGUGAUCAAAUCCCAGAGGAUUAUCCUGACAAUUUCGUUUUAUCUCCGAUACAGAUACGUGUAUACAUAUAAUACGUGUAUAUAUAUAUAUAUACAUAUAGAUUUGGUGUGAAUCAGUGUCGAACAAUCGGGAACAAUUUGGGAUUAAAUAUCGUAGUGUCCGCUUCGCGGAUAUUCGAUAUACCUGUGAAUUGCCGACUCUAAUUUCUAAAGAGUGUAAAGUACGGUGAAAAAAAUUUCAAGAUGUUGGUCGAAGAAGUGCCGAGAAGCUUCGUGAAGAAGAACAACAAUUACAGCCACUGUCCGUUGAAAAAACGGCCAGUCCAUAUGCUGGACGAAGAAGUAUCGGAAGUCAAAGAAAUAGAAAUCGAUGUCGUCAUGGACGAUAUACCCGAGCCAGAGAACCUGAGUACAAAGCCGGAAGAUUUGAGUAAAACGGCGGAACGUAAUCAGCAACAGGAGCAGGAGGCAACGGAGCAACGGGCGUCCAACGAGUCUCCUUCGUCGCUCCCGAAAAUCUCAUCCUCGCCCCCUUUGAUGACCACCAGGCCGACUUCUCCAAACGCGUUACACAGCCACAUCCACCCCGUGCAUCAUAUUCAUCAUCAUCACCAUUACCCGACAAAAGUGAUCACGCCUCCGGUCGGAAUCGCGCCGAUUCACCCCGUGGCCAAGAAGGCGCGAGUGGAAGUAAUCCAACACGAUAAUUCGUCGUCGACGGGCGCUGUGACUGCCGCGCCCGCCCCCCUGCACUUCAUGGCGAGCAAAGCGCCCCUCGAACCUCUCAAUUUGAACACGCCGGUCGAAUCGUUGCCGCAUUACGCGGCUCCAGCGUGGGCGCGGACGGCUCCGCUUUACCCCCCUCACUAUCUCCCCUACCCGGCAGCCUAUCAUCGUUAUCACCAUCCCGCGGGCGCGGACCUGUACCCGUCCUACCCGAUACCCGCUUAUCCACACUCGUCCCCGGAGCACCAUCAGGCGGUCUCGCCGCCGCCGCACAGUGCCCUCACCUGUCCAACGAUACAACGGCCGAUCGCGAGAAGUUACGCGCAUUGGGCGAGUCCGGACCACUGUGGCCUGUCCCCGACGAGCUCGUUAGGGUCGGGAUCGUUGAGGUCGCCGCCGCCUGUCACGCCGGAGGAUCUAUCCUCUCCCGGAAGCGACAGCGGAAGAUCAUCGGCUGGGAGCACGUCGGCGGGCAGCGCGAUCGUCCAUCCGAAAAUCGAGAAAUCCGGGGUGUCGAGCAGUUCGACCGCGUCCAUGUCUUCGAACUCCUCCUCCUCCUCGUCCUCUUCUUCGUCAACGUCCCCGAGAUACCAGUGCCCGGAUUGCGGUAAAUCGUACUCCACCUACUCCGGGUUGUCCAAGCACCAACAGUUUCAUUGCGCGGCCGCUGAAGGCCAGGCGAAAAAAUCGUUCUCGUGCAAAUACUGCGAGAAGGUGUACGUGAGCCUGGGCGCGUUGAAGAUGCACAUUAGAACGCACACGUUGCCCUGCAAGUGCCAUCUCUGCGGGAAAGCGUUCUCCAGGCCUUGGCUUCUCCAAGGGCACAUCAGAACGCACACGGGGGAGAAACCGUUCAGCUGUCAGCAUUGCAACCGCGCGUUCGCCGACAGGAGUAACCUGAGGGCGCACCUUCAGACGCACAGCGACGUGAAGAAAUAUUCCUGCACCUCGUGCAGCAAAACGUUUAGCAGAAUGUCGUUGUUGACUAAACAUCAGGAGGGUGGAUGUCCGGGCAUAACCGUUCCGAUGGGCUAUGCCUCUUGAGGACAUUGACUCGAAGGAAAGGGGGGCGGUGUGCGCUCACUCGUACCGAACGAGCGCAUCCCUUUCGACGGAUUCCUUCCGACAGGUUCCUUUAUUAUUAAAACACACAAAAAAAAGAAAUAGUAUGUACUUUUUUAAACGUUUCGAUUGAUCCAAGUGCCUUACGCGUUGAUUACGGAGUACAAACAAAUAAAGUAGAGUAGAGGAAUUAUAUAGAAUCGAUCGGAGAAAUUUCUUGCGCGAUCAACAGGAGGGGGGAGGGGGGUGGGUUCGAUUUCUCGGUGAAAUUUGUAUUUAGAGGGGGAAUAAUAAAAAAAAGAAAAAAGGAAAAAAAAAAUUUGACCGAGACUUGAUGAGAAGAUGGAGGACACAUCGAGUACCUGGCUUUCGAUUAAAAUUCACGCUCGUGAAACAAAGAGGUGAAUUUUAAACGGAAUCAUCGAUACAACACGACGUCGAGGAACUGAAUUCGAACACAUUUAGAUACGCGCUCUCUCGAAGGGUUUUUUUUUUUUACAGGAGGAGGGAAAAAAAUUGGAUCGAUUAGAACGAUCGUUCGAAUUUAUUUCUCUCUUUUGAUGAAAGAUGAUUGAUCAUUUCUUAAUGUUUCUCUCUCUCUCUCUCUCUCUCUCUCUCUCUCUCUCUCUCUUUCGUUCUUUUUCUUUUCGUCGAUUUUCCUUCGUCAUCCCGUUUGUACAUAGUUUCGGUGUGCGCGUGUGUGAAAAUCGGUGAGAAUGGGUGAGUUUCAACGAUUGUACUUAGAGGACGAUACACGAAGAGACGAUUUAUCGAGCGAAAUAUUGCCGAUGAGAGAAUCACAGGAAACGGAUGAGAAAAGUCGAUGUUAACCGCUUGACGCGGUCCCGUGAAGCUGACGUGCCAUUUUUGAAUUUUCUUUUUCCGCGCCUAUUUCCUUUUUUACCUUCCUUGAUGAUUUCCGUUUUCGAUCGAUUCGAGCGGAUAUAUGUACACGCGGAAAAAGUGAUCUUUGACAUCGCUCAUUUGCUCCUUUUGAAAAUGAAAAAAGAAAUAUAUAUAUAUAUACGUACAGGAGAAAAUGGAAUAAAUAAGAAAUGCGUAUAUUGCGCAAUCGUGCAGCAAAGUGCCAUUUUUUUCCGAGAUCGUGUGCCAGCAUCGAUUGUAAAUAUAUAUUGUUUGAAAGGCACGCACGAGAAAACGAAGUAUUAUUGAAUUGUCAGAAUGUGAAACGAAAUAAAAGCGAGAAAAUACAUAUGUGAACGAUCCAGUAUCUGAGUUUUCUCGUUUCUUUUUUUACUUGUCUUUUCGAGAUAAGAUUUGGAUUUUGAUGAAACGAGAACGAGGCAAAAUGAUGGUAGAGAGCGAGAAAGCUAAUAUUUUACGGUUCAUUUUGUCUUGUCGUUUUUCCCUUUUUUUUGUACCUUUUUCUUUGCGUUUUUUUUUUUUUUUUUUUUUUUUUUUUUCUCCCCUCUCUUGUAAAUCACUGUAAGUUACUCGAAGAAACUAGUCAUUGUAUAAUAUAAUCUAAUUUGUGCGAGGAAUAAGGAAUGAGAGGCUCGCUGCGAGGUGAAUUACUUUGAUUGGUCUGCUGGUAUACAUUCCUCGUAGAGAGAUCGCUCCAAAAAGAUUAUAUAAAUUAAAAUGAUCGAGCCGUCGAACGAUAUAUCCGUGGUAUAUUUUUUUCUUUAUAUUUGAAAUAUAUUUCUGUAAUAAAAAAAAAGAAAAAAAAAAAAGAAAAACGAGAGAAAAUGAGAAGCAUUGACUGGCUCAGGGCGAAUAUUAUCGCUCUUUCUAGUUUUUUUUUUUUAUAAAGAAAAAAUAACUGCUAUUUGAGAUAUCACUUAUAUAUAAAGAUAUUUUAUACGAAAUAAAUUACUUGAAUUUUAAAAUCUUACAGAAGUUUACGACGAUUUUAUCAGACCCGACAUCCAUAUCCAUCUUUCGUUCAAAAUACAUCGACGUUAAAAUAAAUUACCGUAAUCAAUUUCGAUUCCUUUAACUUUUAUUAUGAAUAUAACUCAGUUAUGCCGUUGCAUCUUUCAGAGUACUUACUCUGUUUCUUUGUAAUCGUUAAUAAAAUAAACGCAAACGUUCUUUAAAUUAUAAGAACGGACGCCUUUCAUCCACGUUGUCCAAGCCAAUACACGUAUAUCCUCUUACCCGGUUGGCUGGCUCAUUUCUUUACAAACGGAGCCGUUGGAAACCAACCGUAUACCCCGUCAUUCAAUCCCAAUCAUUUUUCCCAACUCACUUUUUUCUCAAUCUAUGUAUUAUAUACGAUUAUUACGAUUAUUUCGAUUAAUUAUUCGAUAAAGGAAAACCAUCGCGUUCUAAUAUUCUCCAUAUUUACUCGCAUCGCUAUAUUUAUUCACACUGAUUAGACGUUAAUUUAAUUUCAGAAUAUCCAGAAAUUUUUCGGUGCCAUCGAAAAAUUUGUCAUCUUUAAAAAAAUACAUCAUCAUCAUCAUCAUCAUCAUCACCAUUAUUAUUAUUAUCCAACAUCUAUGCACGCCAAAGAUUAAUUGCUUCCAAGCCCAAUCGUCAAUUUGAACGACGACUUAACCCAUCGUCCUCUCCCUCCAACAAGUAUUAAUAACAAGUCCGACAAGCCUAGAAUCAAGCAGUGGUGCAAUUAAUGAAACUUCAUCCCGCGCAGCGAUAAGGAAUCAAUCGAAAUAUAUAUUGUUGGGCGGCGAUUCGAGGCGAGGAAGGGAGCGCGAGAUGCAAUCUCGGCGGACACCUCGAAUAUCGGAACGGGCUCGUUAUCGCGGAACAACGGCAUAACUUUCGACGGCGUGCAUAAUAAUGCGCUUUGUCUUUCGACAAACAACGCGACUACGCGGAUCCUGUUUAUCUCUCCAUCCGAGUGCGAUCGUCGAAGGAGGCUCAGGAUACCACGAUAAAAGCGAUUGUUGCCAGCGGCCAGCCUGGGGCCUUUCGAGACGAAUCGAAUCGAAUCGAUUCGAUUCGUGGCGGGAUGGCAACCGGCCUAGGAUUAAAUAUCCACCACUCGCACUUGCCACGACGGAUUCGUCGACGAUGUAUAAAUCUGUUUCAGUUCUAGCGUUUUCUAUCCACCUAUGGAAAUACCAGUGCGUUUAAUAAUUCUUUAAUAACGAUAUUCCCCCUCUCCUUUUUUUUAAAAAUGCGACUUUUCACGGAGAAUCGUGCAAUUCGUGAAAAGAGAGAAAAUGUGAAAUUCGCGAAGGAGUGCUCCAAAAUCAACGUGCAGAGUUUCGAUAAUAAAAGGAGAAAAGAAAGAGGGAGGAGGAAUAGCAAGCGAAGGCACGAUUCGCAUUAACGCGUUUAAAUAGAAUCCAAUGGGAUGGGAUAAAAGAAUCACGAUACAAAUCUGAUUUACCACUUUGUUAUAGAGACGAGGAAACGGUUUUCACGAUCGGCACGAGGUAUCGGUCUCUUCGUCCGACUUAUUCACACAUAAGUUCAUUCAUAGCCGUUGGCGGGGCGUACAAUGGUCUUUUAGCGAAGCAAACAACAUAUGGCGGGCAAACGCGUGUUCGAAACGCGUUCAAUUCAUUGGCAAGCGCAAACGGGCUACCUGCGCCGCGUAUUAAAUCCCACGCGCUUUUGCCACGUACCAGCAAUUGAAUCACCGCUCUAUGCCUGCCCUCGAUCCGAGCUUUUUGUCCAAUCGUCUCGCCCAUAUGGAUGCGCUAAAUCGCACUACGAUCCCUCCCUCCCUGGUCACACUGUGUCGCGUUAUUAAAACCUCUCAAGGCUACUUACCCAUUAAAUGUCCGUUUAAACGUUGGUACGUGGUGCUACGAAGGUAGGUACAAUACAAUUUGCAAUAUUCGAGAAAGGAUAUUAUUCGAGGGAUAUUUUUUAUCGUGGGUACGUUUUUUCUUUUUUUUUGCUACAAACGCAAAUAUUUACAUUAAUAGUUUGUGUCGAUGUCCCUUUGAAUAUUCCAUUAUAUUUAAAAUUUUCCAGUUGGAGUAGUAUUUUGUUUUAUUAUUGUUGGAGCAGUGUAUUGUUUUCGGACGAGGUUAACGACGAGGCGCCAAAAUCGGCGGUGAAAGUCAAAGGUGGGCGGAAAGCAGCCUGUCACGGAAAUUUGGCUACAUAGUAUGCGGGUUCGAAACCUUGACAAUUUUGCGGAUCCUUUGAUCGUGGAUUUAUGAGGAUUUACGAAAGCGGGUAGCUUGUCAAAAUUGAAGAAAUUUUGCACGACGUCUAAUAAAAUGACGUUCGCUUCUUUCUUUUAUUUUUUUUUUUAUAUUCAAUAAUCACGUAGUCAUUUUCGAUCAUCCAUAUUUUUACGAUCUAUAUUAUAUCUAUACAUCCGCAAACUUUUACGAACACGGUGUUUCUCUCGUACAAAAAUAAAAAUUUUAACCAAAACACAAUCAUGACGGUUCUCCUCAGAACUAAAAGUCUAAAAAAAUUAAACCGCCACUGAGAAGUAAAUUUCUUUUUCUUUUCUUAAACGCAAGAUUUCCUCAAAUUCCUCGAAAAAGAAAAGAAAGAGAAGAAAAAAGAAA